UUUAAGAGCCUAGUCACUACAUUAUAACAUUUGGCAAUUAUUUUAAGGUCUAAUGGCAUAAUCACGUUAUCAAGCCGUUACUUUUCAUGUUAAUUAGGUCAUUCUUGUUCAUUCAUAUUUUUAUUCAUUAUUCCAAAAAAUAAGUAAAUAAGAUUAAAUGAAUAGUAGCAGUGCUACUCGAGCCUUGGCUCUUGAGUACAAAUCAGUUAUCGAGGAUCCUGUAGAGGGUUUUAGAGUAAAAUUAAUGAAAGAUGACGACCUUUUUAAUUGGGAAGUUGCCAUUUUUGGUCCACCUGAUACUCCAUAUCAAGGAGGUUACUUCAAGGCACAUAUGAGAUUUCCUAAAGAUUAUCCAUAUGCUCCUCCUACCAUCAGAUUUGUUACCAAAGUUUGGCACCCUAAUGUUUAUGAGAAUGGUGACUUAUGCAUAUCAAUUUUACAUCCACCCGUUUCAGAUCCGCAAAGUGGGGAAGAUCCUUCUGAGAGAUGGAAUCCUACGCAAAACGUUAGAACGAUUUUAUUGAGCGUAAUUUCUCUCCUCAACGAACCUAACACAUUCUCUCCGGCCAACGUUGACGCUUCUGUUAUGUACAGAAGGUGGAAGGAAUCCAAAGGUGUCGAUAAAGAAUACGAAAAUAUUAUUAGACACCAAGUAAACGCCACAAAAUCGGAAGCCGAAAAGGAUAACGUAGUUGUUCCCUUGACACAAGAAGAAUGGUGUAUGAAAAUUAAACCAAAAAUUCGUCACCAUGGUGAAUUUUCUUCAUCUCAUUUUUCGCACACAUCUAUCAUCUCCGUGUCAGCUGAUGGGAAUCCUAAUUCCAGCCCUUUACCGCCACCCCCACUCUAUAUGUCCAGCCUGGACCAUGCGGAUUUUUACAUUGAUGAUGAUGGAUUUGAUGAUGACGAAGAGGAUGAAGAAGACGACGGCACUGCUAUGACUUCCUCUGCAUCUUCGUCCGAAGACGAGCGGCGCAGGCGCAGACCCGUUAUCAUAGCCACUUCCAAUCUCGAAAGUGUAAUCACUACACAAAUAGAUAGCGCUAAUAACAACGGUGGAGAAAAUAGAUCCAUUAUAUGAUUUUAAAAAUUGAUCAUUUAUUAAAAAUUUCAAAUUUUUUAUUUAUAAUGUAAUUAAAAUUGGAAAAGUUUAAAAAAAUGAAUUUUGUAAUAUGUGUUCCUAUUACUUUUAUUUUACAUAAAAUUAAUUUUUGAUUAAUCUUGAAAUUAAUUGUGUAUAUUAAUCAAGAAAAUAUUAUUUAUUUAUUUCUGAUAUUUAAUUUUCCAACACCCAAAAAUUUAUAACAAUUAUAUUCUUUAAAUAAGAUAUUUAUCCUAUUUUAUAUUGUCAAAUAUUUAAAUACUUGAAUCCAAACUUAAAUCUUAAUCAGCAUACCCCACUCCCUCGAGCUUUUAUUUGACAAAAUUUUUUCACCAAAUUAACAGUUAGUUUUUCUUCUUUUUUCUAUGAAAACCAAUUUAUUAGAAAAAAAGAACCGUUCAUUUUUUAUAAAAAUUACGAUUUUAAAACGGUUCUAAAAAAAUGAAGGUUUUAUUUUAUGAUUUUCACUUAAUAUAAUGAUUUUGUUCAAACCCAUUUUUCCCCUUCCCCGAUGCUCUUUUACCGCAAAAAUGUUUUCAAAUUACAUAACCAUUUUUUUGUAAUUGUAGAAUUCAUAAUACCUACUGCGCACAACAUUUUUUUUAAAAAAAUAGCGAUCUUACUUUAUAUUCGGUUUAUAUUCGAUUCCAUAUAAUUAACAUUUUUUAUUUUAUUUAGUUUUCACCGAUUUACCUCCACCUCUUGCAAUUUUUAUUACCACGCCCAAAUUUUUUUAAAAAAAUAGUAUUUUAUAAG